UCAAAUCCAAACCCUAAAAUGGAAGAAGCCAAAAGCCAAAGUUUGGAAGAAGACUUUGAAGGACAGGCCACACAUACAGGACCCAAAGGAGUAAUAAAUGACUGGAGAAAGUUUAAAUUAGAGAGUGAAGACAGAGAUUCAAUUCCACCUAGCAAGAAGGAAAUUCUCAGACAAAUGUCUUCUCCUCACGAUAGAAAUAACAAAGACUUAAAAGAAAGAUUCAGCAGAAAGAUGAGCAUUCAAGAAUAUGAAUUAAUUCACCGAGACAAAGAAGAUGAAAAUUGUCUGCGUAAAUACCGUAGACAGUGUAUGCAGGAUAUGCACCAGAAGCUGAGUUUUGGGCCUAGAUAUGGGUUUGUGUAUGAGCUGGAAACUGGGGAGCAGUUCCUGGAAACCAUUGGAAAGGAGCAGAAAAUCACCACAAUUGUUGUUCAUAUUUAUGAAGAUGGUAUUAAGGGUUGUGAUGCUCUAAACAGUAGCUUUACAUGCCUCGCAGCUGAAUACCCUAUGGUCAAGUUUUGUAAAAUAAAAGCUUCUAAUACAGGUGCUGGGGAUCGCUUUUCCUCAGAGGUACUCCCCACACUGCUUGUCUACAAAGGUGGGGAACUCAUAAGCAAUUUUAUCAGUGUUACAGAACAAUUUGCUGAAGAAUUUUUUUCUGGGGAUGUGGAGUCUUUCCUAAAUGAAUAUGGAUUACUACCUGAAAGAGAGAUACAUGCCCUAGAUCAGACCAACAUGGAAGAAGAUACUGAAUAA